GUAGAUUUCCUUAACACAUACUGCUGACAUCACUGAGCCUCCUCUCGGACUAUUUUUUUCACUCUCUCUCUUUCCCCCUCCCUCCUUCUCCUCCCUCCUUCUCUCCAGAUUCUUUAUUCAGGUAAUUCCAACUCAGACUUACUCCAACUUGUUUUUUACUGACAGUGACAGAAGGGAGACUCUCUGAGGGUUGUGUUUUGUCGUUUUUUGGUUUGGUUUUUUUUUUCUUAAACCAUGCACACGUCCCUUUUUGAAAAGACAUCCAACCUUUUAUAAAAAAGAUUGUUUGACUUGUCAUGACGAUAACAUCUAGUAAGGAAUCUGAACAUUGCUCUUUUACAGGACUGAAGCAGUGAGAAUGGAAACCACAAAGAUUAAUAUGUCCCGUGUCCCACUGGUUAAUGGAGGCAUUGAUACUGCCAUGCUCAAGGCGCACAAGCCCCGUGUGAUGUCUAAAAGUGGUCACAGCAACGUGCGGAUAGACAAAGUCGAUGGCAUUUACCUACUCUACCUUCAAGAUUUGUGGACUACAGUUAUAGACAUGAAGUGGAGGUACAAACUCACCUUAUUUGCUGCUACUUUUGUUAUGACCUGGUUCCUCUUUGGAGUUAUCUACUAUGCUAUUGCAUUCCUUCAUGGUGAUUUAGAAAUAAACAAGUUCACGCCAAAGCAUGAGCCAUGUGUCAAGAAUGUAGACUCUCUAACUGGAGCAUUCCUCUUCUCCCUGGAGUCACAGACAACCAUUGGCUAUGGAUUUCGUUUCAUUACAGAGGAGUGUCCUCAUGCCAUUUUCUUACUUGUGGCCCAACUGGUCAUCACCACCUUGAUAGAAAUCUUCAUCACAGGUACCUUUCUAGCCAAAAUUGCAAGACCUAAAAAAAGAGCAGAGACUAUUAAAUUCAGCCACUGUGCUGUCAUUACUAAACACAAUGGAGAACUUUGCCUGGUGAUCAGAGUAGCAAAUAUGAGGAAGAGCCUUCUGAUACAGUGUCAGCUGUCUGGGAAGCUUCUUCAGACGUAUGAAACCAAAGAAGGGGAACGGAUCUUGCUGAAUCAAGCCAGUGUCAAGUUCAAUGUUGACUCCUCUUCAGAGAGUCCAUUUCUCAUUUUGCCUUUAACCUUCUACCACAUUUUGGAUGAAAGCAGCCCUCUGAGAGAUCUCACACCUCAAAAUCUCAAGGAUAAGGACUUUGAGCUUGUGGUGCUCCUGAAUGCCACGGUGGAAUCCACCAGUGCUGUCUGCCAAAGCAGAACUUCCUAUAUCCCUGAGGAGAUCCACUGGGGCUACGAGUUCGUGCCUGUGGUUUCUCUUUCUCCAAAUGGAAAGUAUGUUGCGGAUUUCAGUCAGUUUGAGAAGAUUAGGAGAAGCACAGAUUCCACUUUUUAUAGUAUGGACUCUGAAAAACAAAAACUAGAGGAGAAAUACAGGCAGGAGGAUCAAAGAGAGAGGCAACUGAGAACAAUGUUGUUACAGCAGAGCAAUGUUUGACUGAAUAGGCAAACUGUUUUGAUUACUCCUUUUUGCAAAUUGAAAAAACAUACUAUCUAUCUGUGCUGUAUGUCUGCUAUGAAACCAGCAGUGAAGUCCUUUUCAGCGAAUAGCUUCGGUGUAUAGUAAACCUAUCUCUUUGUUUGGUCCAGUUAUUAAUCAAGUAUUUUGUAAUUAGGCAGGAUUUCUUUGUUCAUGAUUGUGACUUGACAAAGUUGGAUCUGUAUUAUGUCUCUGCCUUAUACCACCACUAAAAGCAGACACACCACUUUCCCUUUGAAAAGUGAAACUGGAUGCACUGUGCUGAUUCCUUCAAAUAUUUAUUUGACAUAGUUUUACUGUGAACAUGCAUUCGCAGAGGCAGCACACAGUACUGCUAGAAGAAAAUAUGCUCCUUUGAAAUGUAUAUAUUUAAAAUGUAUAUUCUUGUACCGGCUAUUGCCUUCACAGGGAUUACCUGGAAAAGAAGUUGAUCGGAGAGACAAAUAGUCGGAUGUGGGAAAAGUGUGCAGGGAGUUGAUAAACUCCUUAAAUCUUGAAGGAGGGUGACAGAAUAAUUGUGCUCGGAGGUGAGGAAGGGAGCUUAUUCUCUGUCUUUCUACUCAGAGUUUGUUUUGUGAUUACUUAUUCUUUUAACCUUGUUAAUAUCUGAUUUAUAUAUAAUAGCAAAAAGGGGAGAUGAGGGCAAGAUACACAGAAUCAUUAAGAGUAAUCAACUAAGGUUAAAGCUGGCUUUGAGACACCUGUUUUUCAUCCAAUGUAAAUAGUUUGUAAUAGCAGCAUAACAAUACAUUUCUAGAGAUUGCUUGCUUCGCUAUGGACUGUAUUUAAUUUUGGUUAAAAGAAAGCUGUAUAAUGUCUGUAGACAGUGUUUACUUUUUCUGUCAACCAUGAAAGACAAGCGUCCUUUUCAUCCAUUUCAUUUCUGCUCUAUAAAAACCAUUCCAUUAAUAAAGGAAGUUAAUUUGA